GUUCGCUAACCAUGCAGCAGAGCUGUCACAGGGGAGCCAUAACAACAAAAAAAUUGGAGACGCUGGAAGACAUGUUCGGGUAGAAAAGAUAUGUGCUUCAGCCAACUUACUCUUUUUGCCCUUAUCUUGGCGCAUCACAAUCCCACUAUAUACUCACUCCCCACCACCACGAUCCUCCUUGACCAAAACACCGCUCGAACCCCACCGAACCCACUACAACAUUCGCACAACACGUUCCCUCGCCUUACAUCAACACUUACAAGUCCUUACGUCCACAUCCUUACGUCCACGUCCUUGCAAAGCGCACGAUCGUCCAUCUCCGGUGCUAUCCCGCUGCAACCCUUCACGACCCCGUUCCAGCCGCAGACAUGUUUCCAGAUCAGCGGCUAUGGACGCUCCCUAUGUUGACGAACUGUACAAUAGCGCACAAGAUUUCCAAA